ACAGGUGGGGCGGAGCGGUAGGGAGCCUGUAAAAGGGGCGCAGGCCCAGCGCUGGGCAGUGUUGGCUAUGGCUCGUCCAAGGCUCUCGCUGGCGCUGUGCCUGUCCCUGGUCACGCUCUGCCUCCUGGAGUUGCCCUGCAACUUCCUGGCUCAGGGGGAGCGCCUGGUUGGAGAACGCAUGGACAUGUCGCCCAGUGACCCGGAGGUGCAGAAGGUAACACAGAUGGCUGUGGCCAACUACAACAGGGACAGCAACAGUGUCUACUACUUCCGCGACAUGGAGAUCAUCACGGCGCAGAGGCAGCUGGUGGCUGGCAUCCAGUACUUCCUGACUGUGCUGAUGGGGAGCACAUCCUGCAGGAAGAACAUAGUGACUGAAGACCGCAUUGCCACCUGUCCCCUGGCUGUAGAUGCACAGCAGGAGAAGUUGCGCUGUGACUUUGUGAUCCUGGUGGUUCCCUGGAAGAACACUUCUGAGCUUUUAAAGUCUAAUUGUUCACGUGUGUCAUAGUCCCUGAGGGCAGGGGCCAGUAGGAGCUGGGCAGGGGGACAGCCUUGGUGGAGGGCACUUCAGGUCCAUGAACCACAUCUGUUACAAUAAAUUAUCAGCAAUA